GUAUUGUCUGUUCUGCACACACUAACACACCCACCUCUCCAGCACUUCAGCAGCUCUCCGCCCGUCUGCUGGGGUGUCUGCAGCCGCUGAGACAAACACGAUGGAGAAAACGAGCGAUCUGAAAAUGUUCCUGGAGUCAUCUCUCAAUCGGAUUUUUCAAGCAACUGUGAACGACAUCCUGGACUCGGUUGAGCGGACCCUCUCUGAGUACCAGGGGACAAUCCAGACGAUCCAGACCGAGAACGAAGGCCUGAGGCGGCUGCUAUUUGCACAGAGGAGCGCAGAGUCUGACCCCAGAUCGCCACUGUGCUCAGAUAGAUGUGAGGAAGAUGCCACUGAAUGGUUUUCUGCCUCAGAUUGGAAUAAUCAUCCUAUUAGCUCCACCCACACUAUGUUCAAGGUGUCCAUAUGCAGCAGUGACAAGAAAGGUUUCAGGAAAAAGAUUGAGAGCAAGCUGAAGGAGAGUGCAUCCCCUGCUCUACAGACAGAUCAAAUAGAAGAACAGUCAUCUGUGAGCAAGUCCAGUGGAAUCUCAGUUUUUGUGAAAACAGAGCCUGAUUUGGAAGAAAGUGGUGCCAUCGACCUCUCCCAGCCAUCUCUGAAUCAGAUGGUGAAGCUGGUGAAGAAUGAGAGCUUAGAGGUUACUGGUGAUACAUUCACAGAUGGCUACACACAGGAGGGACAUUUCAUCAAGAUCAAGGAAGAGGAGGAGGCUGAAGAACUGCCAGGAAGCAAAGGUGAUAGUUUAUCUCAGCCAGAGUUGAGGAAUGAACUGAAAUAUCAAGAAGCAGAGUUGUAUCAAAGGUGGUUGGAGGGAGCAAGCAUGCAGGAUGUAGAGCAGGGAGAAGGAACAUUAGAGCAAAAUGAUUCACCCAUUGCUGCAGAAGGAGAGACCCAAGAACAAAGCAUCAGCGUUUUACGCUGUCCAACCUGUCCAAAGACAUUUAGCAAAGCAGCUUUGCUCAAUAUUCACAUCAAAACUCACAGCGAAAGUAAAGACCACAGCUGCAGCAUUUGUGGGAAACACUUCAGGCGGGCUGAUCUCCUCGUAUCCCACAGGCGCACACACAGUGGAGAAAGACCGUUCGGCUGCGACAUCUGCAGCAAGACGUACGCCCAUCCCAGCCAGCUCAGGGUGCACAGGCGUGUCCACACCGGAGAGAGGCCCUAUGCCUGCUCACACUGCGGGAAGCGUUUCAACGAGAACAACCAGCUCAAGGUCCACUUGCGCACUCACACCGGGGAAAAGCCAUACGGCUGCCGGCAGUGCGGCAAAACAUUCAGAAACGCUGGAAACCUUCGGAUGCACGAGAGGAUUCACACCGGCGAGCGGCCUUAUUGCUGUGCUCAGUGUGGCAAGAGGUUCAGUAGCCUCGGCGACCUCAAAACGCAUUACAGGAUCCACACUGGGGAGAGGCCAUAUGGCUGUGAGCUGUGCAGGAAGACCUUCAGCCAGGCCGGACACCUCAAGAUCCACAUGCGGAUGCACACUGGAGAAAGGCCUUAUGGCUGCGACGAGUGCGGCAAGAAAUUCACAGUGGCCAGCAGCCUGAAGCUGCACCUGAGGACUCACACGGGGGAGAAGGAGUAUAGCUGCACAUACUGCAGAAAAAGCUUCAGCAGGUCCUGUCAUCUGAAGAGACACGAGCUGGUGCACACCAAGCAGAAGGUCUUCUUCUGCAGUCAGUGUGGGAAGACAUACACUGAUAAUUCCUCCUUGAAAAAGCACCUCAAGAUUCACGCGUCGCAGGAAGAAACCCUGCAGAGAAAUCCAGCUGAAGUUUCUGCAUUUGAGACGCUUUCAGACGUGACAGGAACUUAAAACAGUUGACCCAAAGUCUGUGAAGAAGAGAUAUGAUUCUUUUUAAACAACAGUAAAGUAUACACUGUUGUAGUUAGCUGUAAAUCAAUGUGAGCGUUUAGCAUAAUAUAUUAUCAUAUAAUAUAGAAAAGCUGCUGCUUUUUCUUAGUCUUCCUUCUUGUAGCACACCCUGAGAGACGAGGAGACCAAAUGGGACAUUUAAAAAACAUUUAUUAAAUCUUCAAAGCAUUUAAUGAAAGAAAUGACCAAAUGCUUUUGAAAUAUUUACACCUUUGAUGUAAGUAACUUGAUUAUCAGCUUUAUGGUCUCAUACAAUAAAAUUGUGAGGGUUGUUUAAUGAUUCUGUUGUAAGCUUUACUGGAAAUGUUUAAUAUUAAUCCUUAAAUCUGUUCUGAGUUCUGCUGAUUCCAUUAACCGUGGAGCUGCUGGAACAUGUUUUUAGUGUCUUUCCUGUGGUACCAGAAACAGUGGCCCUCUCUACAAAUGGGGAUUUUAUUAGUAGAGGGCUUCUGUUUGUUGUAGUAAAUGUACACAUAUAUAGUAAUGUGCAUGAUGUAUUGGAUCUGUUGACUUUCAUUGUGUUUGUUGUCUUAAUUAAAGAGAUUAACCCAAAUAA